CGGGCGCCGCCGCCGAGCGCACCAUGCGGGCUGUCAUCGCCUUGGCCGCGGCGCUGGGCAGCCUGCUGCUGGGAGGCUGCCUCCUGCGCCUGGGCGGACAGCAGCCCCUCCGCGCCAGGGGCUGGGAGGAGGAGGCAGGAGUAGCGGUUGUCACGCCGAAAGUGGUACGAGCUCUCAGGUCUCCCCUGACGCCCCUUCCUCACACGGAGAACAGAACAACUCUUAAUAAAAAUGGAAUUUACCAGUUUGAACAGGCUUCAAAAUGUAAGGCAAUUCAGGACAACAUUUUGUCAUCAUCUAUCAAGAAGAAAAGAUACUCAGAAGAUUAUUAUCUUCACAUAGUCAAAAAACUGCAGAACUGCACUUGGGUAAGGAAACCAGAAGAAUCUACAAAAUUCAGGUCAGAAUUAGCUUCCUGCUGUGAUGCAGUUCACAAUUUUAUUGCUUCUCAAAACAACAGCCCACUGGGAAGUAACAUGAGUUAUGAAGUGGACAGUAGAAAGACUAUCCUCAUUACAGAGGACAUUUUUAAGAUGCUGCCUGUGUCCUCUCCUCUUUCAGUCUAUCCCUUCAAGAACUGUGCUGUGGUUGGAAAUGGAGGCAUUCUGAAAAAUUCCAGCUGUGGAGCUGAAAUUGAUAGUUCUGACUUUGUGUUCAGGUGUAACCUCCCUCCAACCACAGGAAACAUUAGCAAAGAUGUUGGCAAUAAAACAAAUCUUGUGACUGUUAAUCCGAGUAUCAUAGCUCAGAAAUACAACAAACUAAAUGAAAAGAAGACAGAAUUUCUGGAAAACAUUGCAGUCUAUGGAGAUGCUUUUCUUUUACUGCCGGCAUUUUCAUUUAGAAGCAACACAGCCACUUCUUUUAAAGUAUACCACACUCUGAAAGAGUUUAAAGCAACCCAAAGGGCAAUAUUUUUUCACCCCACUUAUCUGAAAAGUCUUGCCCAGUUCUGGAGAACUAAGGGUGUGAAAGCCUACCGGUUGUCGUCUGGUUUUAUGAUCACUAGUGCUGCUCUUGAGUUGUGUGAGAAUGUGAAGCUCUAUGGCUUCUGGCCUUUCUCAAAAUCCACGGAGAAGAUGCCAAUCAGCCACCACUAUUAUGACAACCAGCUGCCUAAACCUGGUUUCCAUGCAAUGCCCAAAGAAUACUACCAGAUCCUUCAGCUUCAUGGCAAAGGCAUUUUGAAGUUGCAGUUUGGUAAAUGUGAAUCAGACUAAAAAGGGUGAUGAUCCUAAGGAGACCAUUUAUGUGUAUCUCAGCAGUUCGAUGUUGGAUUUGAUCUGAUGUGAUUUUGUGAGCAUUAAACUGCAUCAUUACAAUAGAGAAAUAUUUUACACUUGGGUAGAAAAGGGAGUGACUUUUUCACACAGUGACUGCUACAUUUACAAAUUUUGAGUGACCAUUUUUUAAAAUACUAAGUAACAAUUAUUUGGAAAAUCCUGAAACUCCUUACUCCUGGUUUAAUGGUAGCAAAGCACAAUCUCAGGAUGGUGGCAAUAUGUGACAUUUGUCAUGUUUUGCUUCUUAGAGGAUCAUUAAAAUAUUUUGACAUAAGAUCUCUGGCUUUGUUGAUAUCACAUGGUAUAGGCAAUAGUCUUUGUAUGGUGGCUGCAUGAGUUGGCAGUGAACAUUUUUAGUUAAGAACUUCAUCCUGUAAAUACUGGCAUUUGUUGAUAUGAGAGAAGUGAUGAGAAGAGCUACAGAAGAGUGAUAAAUUCAGAGCCAUGUAAUUCUUAGUUUGUCCCAGGAUGCACAGAUGAGAGAAUCCCUGAGGUCAGAGGUAGUUAGGUGGUUUAUGGGCUUUCAUUUUGUGGGCAGUAAGUAGUGCUGUGGAUUUAAUGGGCCUUCAUUUUGUGAGCAAUAGAUGAUGCUGUGGAUUUGAUAGGAUCACUCAUAUGAGUGAUGUUAAUUCUGAGAACAGGUGUAUGAAGGACCAGAGCUUUAUAGUUAUUUAUAAACCACUCGACUUGCUUGUGUCCCUGUCUAAGGUUCAGUUCAGAUCCUGGGGACUAUGAACCUGGUUCCAUACUAAAAUCCCCAGAGUUCUGGUAGGGCAUGGCUUGGCACACAUCCUUGCUGUUCCAGUUCUGUGUCUUGGCUGAUACAUGAGAUGGAAUUUCCAUGAGAAAGAUGAUGGGUACCAAGCCUGUAAUUCAAUUUCUUUUCAUGUAGUAUAGCUUGCAUUCAUAUGUGACUACAGAUAAUGAAACUGCACUAAGCAUUGUUAGAAGAAUGUUCCUCUUACCAUCAGCUCCAAGCUCUUCUACACCAGGAUGUAUGAGAAAACUGACUACAUUCUCCUAAUUUAUAACCUGUGUAGUCCUUUAAAGUUUCCAUAUAGAAGAAUUCCAAGAAUACAUGUGGAGCAACAUCCUGCAGCAAGAGAAAAUGAAAUAUCAGUCCAGUGGAAAGAAUCACUUUAAUAUUUACAGGAGCUUUGACAAGCAGUUGUACCCUAGCUUUUACUGCUUAUAUGCUUAUAUGUUCUAUUGCAGAAAAAAGCAAAAAAAAACAAAAAACAAAAAGAAAAAAAAAAAACCAAACCCACAACUAAGCAGACAAAAUUUAAAAUUUUUAAUAACCAGAUACUGUUAAGAGUUUCACUGACUCUUUUCAGAGUCCUUUGAAUGGUCAGUUCAAAGACAGUGUCCUUCUUUUACAGUCAGAUACUCUCAGGUAUUUUUGUUUACUAAAAUUCCUUUCGCUACUGCAGCAUUAAAUCCCAAACCAAGUGAUUUAAAGAGCAUUCAGUAUUUCCCUCUUCGAGGAUUAUAUCUGCAAAAAAAAAAUCCCACAUAAAUGAAUUGGACCUUAUGAAAUAAGGUUCAGAAAAGCCUUUUAAAUAUAUACUUCAUAAGAGCAUUACUGUGCUGUAGUAUUUGAAAGCUUACCUUGCAGCAGUUUUAUAAUCACAUAAACACUCCUGGAAGUAUUAAAAUCAAUCAUUAUGGUUAGAGGUCUGUUGAUUGAGACACAUUCAGCAUCUGGAUCCAUUUCCAGGAUAAUGCUAUAAGAAUCCAAUAUUACUCCUACUCAAGCAGAAGUGUCCAUAAAUUCUGACUGCAAAUAUCAGCAGUAAAGUCAAUUUUUGAAAAUAAGGGGUUUUAAAAAAUAUUGCUUUGGGGAAAUAACUGAUGCGACUAACACACGUGUGGAUCUCUGAGUGUCAGUAGAGCCUUUAACAGAAACAAAGACAGAAUUGAGCUGAUGAGUCCAUCUGAUUUACCAGCUGGUAAGUGGAAGAGGGGAGCACAGGGGUUUGAUUUACUCUGAUCUGUUCCAGUUCCAGCACCACAAACCACAUUUUUACUUCCUCAGCGGUGAGAUUUUUGCCAUUUUCUGGCCACAGGCAUCUGCUGCUCAUGUGCAUAGAGCUGGCUGCUGCAAGAACCUGCACCCAUGUUACUAGUGUUGUGGAUGAUUGCCUACUGCAACAUCCUAGUUAUAGAUCAAAGACAAAUUUGCGCCCAAAAGAGCAUCUCCUCUGCUAUGAAUCACUCACAUGGAGUGUUUUUAAUAAAAGCUGGGCAAAGUGAUGUAGUUUUCCUUUGGGUGGUGCAAACAGCUUAGGUUGAGGAGAAUCUUGCUGUAUUUCAUCCAGAAAGACAAAGGCACACCUGUCUUCAUGGAAGGACUACAACUUAUUCCAGUCUAGUGUUGAGCAGUGAGGUGGUCUUGGCUGUGUGGCACCUACAUGGUUUGUCUUGGGGAAAAUUCAUACAUCUUUUACAGGUUCUUACAUUGUAUCCAGAACAAUUGCACGUGCUCUAUGUGCAUAUAGAGAUCGUGCAAGAUCAUUCAUUGCUCCGACUUCAUUCAGUGAACUACUCAGUGUGAGUAAAGGGGCAAAACAUGGUUGUGUGAAGUAGAAGGUGGGGAGAGGAGAAAAUGAAAUUUAUUUGCAGCCAGGAAGCAGCUUUUUUCAAAAGUGUUUGUUAGUGCCAUGUUGCACUCUCUCAGUGAAUAAGUGUAAACAGUGUACCAUGACACACCACAAAGAGCUGAAGUUACUGUGUGUCAGAUCUAUUUCUGUGCAGCUACAUUAUUUGAAACACACUUGUAUUAGUAACUGGUAAGAUCAUCAGAAUACGUUUUAAGAGAGAUUUAAUCAAAAAGAGGAAAUCUGUUCUGGGUUCUUUGACAAAAAGAGGUCUUAACUGAAGGAAUGUGAUAUAGCACUCAUGAUUGAGAGUAAAUGGAAAUUUCUGUAGUAUGGACAGCCACUGACUUUUUAGCACUGUUUCCACGAAGUUUAAACUUGCCAGUGACUUGAAGACCUGAUCUUCCAUGCUCUCAAGGCUCUCAGUGAUUUACAUGGAACACAGGGCUGAUAAGAAAUUCUUGAAGGAAUUGUUGAUCUUUUCUGCCCUUUCCUACAAAUGCUCUUGACUCUCCAUAGAUUAAAAAUGUACUCUAUUAAAGUUUAGCUUAAGAUCCUCAGGCCUUGCUCCAGACAUGAAGUUAGUAUAAGACAUGAGUUGCAUCCACUCACUUUACAGGAGGGCAGACAUUGUACUCAGCUCUAUUAUAGCUACUGGUGCUGUGUGCUGGGUGGCUGGGUCGUGUUAAUUCGGGUGUGGCUCGGGCAAGUUAGUAGUGGCAUUUCUGCAUCACAGGGUACCAGCAGAUUGAUCAAGACUUGCUGAAGUACACUUGCUGUGGGAAAUGUUUUCUUGGGUAACUGAAUACAUUAUUUCUAAUUUAUUUUACACCUGUGCCAGGUUAAUAAUAAUAAAUGGAUUUUGUACCUGGCUGGGAAUGUUUACAACACUUUUGCAAGACUGAGCCAGUUUGGAUUAAGGAUUCUUGACCAAAGGCUAAUAAGGACCUUUCAAUUCCCUCUAUUUCACAUCAGGAAUAUUCAUUUUUAGGGUUUGUGGGCCUUCAGUGCUGUCACAUGCUGUGGAGUGAGUAUUGAGAUCAAAUAGUUUUCUAAAGAUAGAAGCACUGACAGUGUGCUAAUAUUUCCACUGUACCUUUGCAGAAGCUGACAGCGUCCUUGCAUGACAACAUCAUUAGAUUAAAACCUGUCUGGCUACUUUUAUUCCUUUUUCUCCUCUGAAUCUCUAAUGUGGUAUCCUCCUUCAGGAUCCAGUGCUGCUUUGAGCUGGUUACCCUGUGGAGUGCUAUACAGCCCUGCUUAGUGUCUGUUAGGGAGUUUGUGUGACUGUGAAUCAAACACUGCUAUGCUUGCAGCUUAGUAAAACGUGCUGUAAAUGACUGGGUUUGCACCUCAAGGAAAGCAGCUUGGUGUGAUAUUCACGUUGCCUCACUGGAGGUGCUAAGGCUGGUCUGUAGCUCCAUGGUGACUUAAGUGGCAUGGCUGCAAGGCCUGGUCCCCAUUCUUGUGCUGCACCCCUCCCUUCAUGCCGUGUCUCGCCUUGGCCUGGCUCACACGGAGCUGUUUUGGCACGCUGAGAUGGGAAACCCUGCCAUGGCAACAGAAUGAGAAAAUUGGUUCAUGCCAAGAGACAGGGGAAUUUCCCAGUCAAAGCAAAGGAGGAGGUAAGACCAUGCAGGUGGGACUGUAGGGACACAGCAGGUGCCUUUUUUUACCUGACAGCUGCUGGACAGCCCCAGUGGUGCCCUGAAAGCUUGACCAAGUUAGAAGGUAACAUCUCUGAGGGUCUGCUUGGUCAGAAGGGAGAGAUGGACCCCUGAAAGGGUGAUUGGCAGCACAGCAGCUGUUCUGUGGGCCAGAGCCCAUCUCUCCCUGUGGUGCCAGAAGGUGCUUAAGGGAUCUACACUAAGGACUCUAGGUGCCUACACUGCUGAUUAUUGUUCACCCUUCUCUCUUUCCCAUUACAGUCAUUUUAACAAGCUGGUGACCCCAGCAGAUUCAGAAAUGAUAAGCAGAAAAAAUUCUCAGUUCACUGAUGGUAAACUUGCAUAAACUUGCUUGUUAUUCAGCCUGCCUUUGCUUUCAGUCCUUCUAAUCCCAGCAUUUAAAACAGCAUCUGUAAAGAGCAGAGGUGAACAAGGCCUGAGAGGGUUGAGACCAGUUACUCCCACUUUGACUCUCUUUCCUUUGUCCAGUAAUAAGAUGACUGACAUACCACCAUACUUGACGAAAGAUGAAAAUCUCUGUCUUGAGUGACUCAAAAAAAGAAACUAAAUUAUCUAGGUAACUUCUGACCUUCUGUGGCUCUCUAAAUUGCUAGCAAAAUAUUUCUGUUCUUAGGUAUUAGUUGAUUUUAUUCAGUGCAAAUAUCUGGAUCAGUUAAUUCAUCUGGGUUAAUUGAUCAUGUACGCCUUGAGCCUGCACAGACUUCAUGGUGGAGCUGCAGGCUAAGGCAGCAAUCUAGGUUUAGAUCCAUUUCACCUAGAGAUUUUUUUUUCUUUUUUGGUUCUGUCACUUGCUCUUCUGUGACAAAUUUGUGGAGGGAGGUCCUGAAUAUCUGUGCAGUAGCUCUUCCAGGGACACUCAGGUCCACAAAGUACACAUACACAUAUAUACAGGAGUCUGUGAGAUCAAACCCAAGGAAUAUUCUGUGGAGUGCUUUAUUCUGUAACAGCUCUAUCUCAAACAGCGGAUAGCCACUUGCUGCGUGCUUUGAAGCAGCACAUGAGCAUUUUAGUUAAACAUAUCUUAGUAUAAAAUAUUCAAAGCCAGGUAAUCCUUCAUCUUGUGGUACUUCAGGAGCAGAUCUCUUUAAUCUUUAGGUCUCCUAGCCAACAACAGUGACAAAGGGCCAUGUAGUUACUUUAGAAGGCCUGACUGUCUUUAUUUUGAAUUGUCAUUCUAGGCAGGAUCAUCCUUCUUUCAGUUUCUGGACAGAAAAAUUUCAGAUGCUGCUAAUCUCUCAGGGUAGUCUGGGGAAAUCCUUAAGGCUUUUCACCCACAGCAUACAACAAGUGGGCAGAUUUAUAUUUAUUAACCUUUGUUCCAGAUUUUCAUAAAGUAUUUAAUUGGCUCGAAAUUAUCAUUAUGAUCAAGUAGAGCAGAAACGCUCUGCAGCAUGCCACUAAACAAAGGGACUAUUGCUGUUAUUUUGUGAUCUCCUUUCAUAAGGGCGCAUUUCAGAGGACUUUCCUAUUCUGGGAACGCAGCUCACCAGGGGAGUGACCCGGGGUUACUGGGUUACAGCUACAGGGGUAGCAGCCUGUCAGUGUGCUCUCGGUGUCAAGCAGAUUCCAGCAGUGCAGCAGGAGCUUAACAUGAUGGAACUACAUCAGCUUGAGUUUGCCAUCGACCAAGGAGUCGGUGCAGUACUGUGAUGUGUGGUGACUGAGCUCACCUCACUCUGAGCAUGAGCGAUAACUGCCCUUGGGUGGCAGGUGUUGGCAGACACCGGUUUAAGGAUGAACACAGUCUGGCUGUGAAAUACAGGGAGUGGCAUCCUCAUGUUGACAUCAAAAGAACAUUUAAGUCUGUCUUUUUUUAAAUCUUGAUGUACCUUCAGCAAUACAUCAGUGUUUGUUGCUGCACCUGGUACUUCUUGUCUUGUCUGUUUCAUCCCUCUUUUCUCCGGUGAGUGAGGAAAAAACCCUCAAAACGGGUGAUGGAAAUAUUUAAUGAUCCCAUCACAGUUUCAAGGCAAGAGCCCAUCAGAAUGAAUCAUGCAAAUGGUUGUGACAGGGUAGCCUAUUGUCAAUAUUGCUGGGUUUAAAUUCCUCACUUUAGUCCUGACAAGAGAAGAUUCUUCACAGCAAGUCUGUAGGCCAACACCAUGCUAGGCUUCUCAACUCUUGGCUUGGCUGAAAUGUUUCCCUAAAAACACUUCCUCCUUGGUGUAUUUAUUGUCAGUAUUUACAAUACAAACCCAUUAUUGAAUUUGUGACAUUGAAGUAUAACAGUUGACAUUUCUGCAUUUUUAUAUGUACUAUUUAUAUAAUGGCUUCAUAUUUAUUCUUUAUGUUAGUGUUCUUCAUAUUCUUUUGAGUACCUAAUUAAAAUUAUUUUAAAUAUUCUUCUUUUUUAAAGCCAUCAGAGUAAAGUGUGUGGGAAGUUACAUAAUGUCACCUAAAAAACCAGUCAUCCAAGCGAAAAUAAUUUUAAGGGUAUUUGACUGAUUUCUGGAGGAGUAUUUUUGUUAGUCAUUUGGACAUUUGUAUCUUAGAUUUAUCUUUCUAAGAUAGGCUUAAGAGGCAACUUCUGGUUUAGUUCAAGAUCUGCAAGGGACUAAACAGGUGAAUGGAGAGGUCCUACACAGGGCUGCUCCUCAGGAAUGGCAAAUGUGUGACUUUUCAGAGACUGGACCAUGAGUCAAAAUGUAAUUUCAUAAAGUUAUCCUGAUAGCUUUUGCCCAGAGGUUUCAUUGUCUCUUAAAAUGUGUAUUGUUUGCAUUCAUUUCAGCUGCAUUCUUUCCAGUGCAAUUGGCAAAGCAGAGCUUAUUCCCCUGUGGAGCUGGUAAAAUUGUGCUCCUCCACAUGCACCAAGCUCUCUCAAGCUGCUAGUGUAGGCUCUGCUACUGCUGUUCCGAAAAGGUUCCUCAAAUUCUCUCAGUGCUGAACUUACUUAUGUUUUCAGAUGUGAAACUUGAUAUUGUCUGAGUAGAAUGUGUGCAGCAUAAUAUAGAAAUGUCUCUGCGCAGGGUUUAGGAGGAGGCAGGAGCCCCUCAGCUGUGUGUGUGCUUUUAUUACAGAAAAACAAAAUGAAGUUGUAUUGUUGAGUCAUCUGUUACAGCUGGUUUAAUUUGUACUUCGUUUUCAUGUUUUAAGUGCCUGAUGAUUUUUUUGUCAAGGAGGCAAUGGUUUCACUGUUAUAAGGCAUACUUAGAAUUCUGUACUUGUUACCUGUUCUGUAAUAGAAUAUUUUUGCAAUUUAUGUUUGGAAAUAAAGACUUAUUAGACAUAA